AGUGAGGUGUGAAGUCACAAUGACGUCAGUGCUGCAGCUUCCCGCCGAGCUGUGGCUGCAGGUGUUCAGUUUCUUGUCAUGGAGAGACAAACUUCAGGUGCGCUGCACCUGUUCACACUUCCGGUAUCUGUUGGAUAAGUCCUGCUCCCUGUGGCGUGGUUUCAGCCUCGUGCUGCGAGACUUCUCCAGGUAUAACCGCCCAUUCUGGCGCAGCCUGGCUCAGAGGCAUGUGGGCAGUGUGUCGGUGCGUUCAGGGAAGAAGAAACACCUGAGGCAGCUGUCCACCUGGCUUCCUGCCCUCCAUGCGCUGCGAUUGGACGACUGGACAGAAGGAGGCGUCAGUGAGCUGAAACAGUUCCAUCGCCUGCAGCGCCUAUCCAUCACUUCCUGUUCCAUACCAGUGAAGAGCCUGGACUUCCUGUUUCCUCUGAGUCAUCAGCUGACGCAGCUCAGCAUCUGCAAUGUACAGCUCACCUGUCCAUCCUCUCACCUGUUGGCCGCCGUCAGUCAGCUGACUCGUCUCACCUCACUAGUGCUGCAUCACAACGGUAGUCUAAGAGUCCCAACGCUCAGCGGCAUUCUGACUCACCUGACCGAGCUCAAACAACUGUCCUGGACCAUGAUCACCUACAGAACCCUAUCACAUGACUUCUUUAGCCCCGCCCACCUCUCAGGUGCUGACACUCUGCAGCUGUCUGACCUUCAGCUGUUGAACUAUGAUGCCGUGGUGACGCAGGAAGUUCUGCAGCCUUUGUCCCGCCUCCACAGCCUGUCAAUCUUCCACCUGUACUCCGUACCUGGGCCCACCUGUCACCUGCAAACAUGGCUGACAUCACUGCCUCAGCUCCGCAGCCUCAGUGUGCAUGGAGGCCAUCCUCUGGCAGCAUAUGCAGACUUCUUGCCGUCCUCCCUCCUCAGUCUGACACUCUGUGUGGAUCUGCAGCCUGAAGACCUGCAGGUGGUCUCAAUCAGAGCUCCUCACCUGGAACAGCUGCACCUGGAGCCCUGGAGCUCCUCCUCCAACCUGGUCAGACUCCUCCCACAGCUGUUCCCUCACCUGAGGACACUACGGAUCAGACAUCACCAUGUUUCGGACAGUGACUUCCUGCAGCUGCAGCAACUGCAGCGUCUAAACACACUAGAGGUUCUGGAUUCGUACUACAGACCUGACCCCACAGACCCUAGCUGGGUCGUCUACGAGCCGAGUCCUCGUCUUCUGCAGCUGAUCUCAGACCUGCAGAAACUGACCAAUCACAGAGUCCGAGUCAUCACCAGCUCACACAGAGACCCACUCACCUGCCACUGUGUCUGACCAGUCAGAGACAGUCUGACUGCUCCUGGGCAGAACAACUUGAGUGACAUCACUGGUGGAGGCGGGGCUAGUUUUCAGUGAAACGACAGAUCCAAAGAAUUUCUUUUAACAAUUUGUUGGUGUGAAAUUAUUUAAUAUUCAAAUUUUAUUAUCUCACUAAAUCUGCCUUUUCAGGAGAAAUGAGUGUGACUGCUACCAGCUGCCAUCACUGCUGCAUUAUGGGUAAAGGUGAAUGUUGAUUUGCUUCACAUUUUUACGGAUAAAGUUUAAGAAUUUGAAUACAUGCACCCAGAAUAUAACAGAAACAAAAUGUUUCAAUACAUGUUAUGAGAUAUAAUGUGACAAUGAGACACAACAGGAAACAACUUUUGUCUAUGUAAAGAUAUAGUGGCGUCACGGCGUCCAGAGCAGAGAGUGAAGCCACACUCCUCUGUGUGUGUCAUAAUCUGAUCUGGUCUUUGUUUUGGUAGCCGGUCCGUAUGCAUGUGUAUGUUAGUGCACAUACGUGUUUAUUUUCAGCGUUCAAGUGAAAGUGACCUUCCAGAAUUUCCUCCACUGAAGAAGAAACCACAUUUUUAUCUAAAAAGGCUUCAGACACAGAAAGAGAUGAGACCAGAUCACAGGUGGACUGGACUGAGGACUACUGGCACAGAUCCUGGUAGGCCGGUGGACUGUCAAAACAUCCAUAAAGGUUUUAAAGUCUUUACUGGCUCUGUCAGUGUCAUUCAUGUGGCUGGUCCCAGUGGAUCAGUCCAGGGCUGAAUUUCUGUCCCAGUCCACCCAUGGAGCUGAUACUGGUCUUGGUUACUGAGAGGAGAACCCUACAAGCUGCUAAAGGGUCCAGCUGGACUCAG